AUGGAGAAAGAUUUGGAGAAAUGCUUGCGGGAUUAUGAGUUGAAAGAAAAGCAAUUUGGGAUGAAAGAGAAGCGUUUUAAGGAGUUUGAGUUGAAAGAAAAGGCUGUUAAAGAACAAUGCAGAGAUCUUGAAAUUAAUGUAAAACAAUAUGAGCAUGAACGAAAGAGUCUUGAAGCGAAAGAGAAAUUGGUGCAAAAGCAGCUGGAAGAGAUUAAAAGGAAAGAGGAGGAACUCGUGCAACGUCGUAAAGAUAUUGAGUUCAAAGAAAGAAGUCUUGAGCUAUGUUUUCGUGCAGUCAAAUUAAACGCAAAGCACUAUAAUGAAUGUUUGAGAAAAGUCGAAUUAAGAGAGAAGAAAAUUGAAGAAUUAUCUCCAGAACAAAGGAGAAAGUAUGAGCAACAGUCCAGUGAUCUUGAGUUUGAUGUGGAAACGUAUGAUCAGUGGCUCAAAGAUCUCGAAUCAAAGGAGAAGGAACCUGUGGAAUGGUCUAAAGAACUAGAAAAAAAGAGGGGUCUUGCUUCUUCCCUGCAUCCUCAAUUGAAAGCUGAAGCAGCAAACAUUUUGUCCGUCGAUCAUUCUUCACGAGCGCAUCUUUGGUUUUGUGUAAAUACGGAUGGAAAGAAUUUGCAGAUGUUCCUAAAUGAGCACUGGACAGACCAAUGUUCAAUCGGUACUGAAGUUGUUAUGUCCCUUCAACGUUCAGCUGACCCUGCAAAGCUUGUAUUGGAAGCAAUGGAGGGGUUUUAUCCUCCACAUUUGUGUAAGGGAGACAGAGAGUUCGAAGGAAAAGUUGCCAGAAGAAGUAUUCUCUUGUUAGAGCAUUUGAUGGAACUUUCACCUGAGAUUGACCCUCAUGUUAGAGAAAAAGCUAUGAUUCUAGCCUUGAUUGGGAAACAAAAAUGA